AUGAGUACUGCAGUCUCCUCGCAGAAGACUAUGUUGCAUAUAGGAGGCUUUAUUGAAGUAAAUACCGCGGACAAAGGAUGGAAUAGCGCUGGUGUACAGCCUGCUAUUGACCUAGCAAUAAAGCACAUCAACAACAGGACAGAUAUUUUACCAAAUCAUACUAUUCAGAUACAUUGGAAGGAUACAAAGGUAAGCCUAUUUCGGCUAAAUAUCUUUAAAAAAAAACAAGGUGAAAAAAAAAAAAACAAUUGAAAACAAAGUAUCAAACAGGAAGAUAUGAAAUCGAGUAAUUUGUUUCACCUUAUUGAGUUAUAAGUUGUGCCAAGUACCAUAGCUUGCAUACUUUCCUCUAACGAUUUGGAAUUUUUCAACUUAAAUAUCAUAACAGGGCCGUUGCCGUAACCGUAAUAGGGAGCUUAAGCAACAACGACGGGGACAGCCAACGAAAACGUCACUUAAAAAGUAAAUUUCGCGCUGCCUCAAACUUUAAAGGGCUUAUUCCAUCUCGUUUAAUUGGUCAAAUGUUGGCGAAUUUUUUUGGAGUUAAAUUCUAAAGGACUGUAUCAAAGUUCAAGAAAAGAAAAAGAAAGUUGCUGUCUUGUGUUCCCGUCCUCGACAAAACGUUAAAUUAGGCACUUUCAUGUUGUAGUUGUGCAACGACGGCAAACAAAUGUACAAAAAAAAAACGUGUUGCACGUCAGUGCAAAGUUGUUGUUUUGCUAAUAUCCUUUUGCUUCGUUGCCGUUCUUGUUGCCGUCGCCAUCUUCGUUGCUUAAGCUCCCCAACUGUAAGGCAAACUCUAGAAAUUAAAAGCUUUUACCCCUCGGUUGCGUCUCUACUGGUUGAAGACAUGUCAUGGCUCGUGCCGCUAUAUCCAGGAACACAAUCUUUGGCUGACGCGCUCGGCAAGUCUGUUUCGAGUUAAUUCACGGGAUUAUAAGUCAGUGUCUUGUUUCAAUACGUAGUUCACUUACCCUUUCUUUAAAAUUACAAACCUUUAUUAACCCAGAAAUUUUGGCCAGGGUAAUGAAAGAGAGCUUCUUUCUAACUUGACGAAUGCAAGGAUUAUUCAAUCAACACCUCACUUUUUGUCUUUCGUUUUUUUUUUCUCGUUUUAAUUUUUGGGAGUGAGAUAAAUUACUGCUCCAAGAGCUCUCAUGUUUUGCACAAGACGAAAUUUCAAUCAUGAUGAUGCAUAUUUAUGAAAAGGAAUGUACAGAUCGUUUUUCUUGGAUCACGAACCAAACUGAACGAAGUUUUAUUUUCAUAAUUUGAGUAUUAAAAAUGGAUAGGAUAGGAUCUGGAUGGGAACGGAAAUAAAUGAAAGCAGCUAAUACCAGGUGUGAACAGUCGAUUUUUAUUUGAAUACCUAAUGAUCUACCAUUUUGCAUGUAAGUAAUUUUGGAGAAAUUGAUGGCGCAAGUUUAUUAAAAAUAUCGGACAAGAAUCAGACAUGUAAAACCUUAAUUAUGGCCACGACUUUAUCUAUUUUUACGUGGGAUUAGUGGAUAGGUUCUAGUAAUCCAUGAAAGUAGACUUGAGUAAACGAGUACUGUACUUCGAGGCAGUGACUUUGCCACACAUGUUAUUAGAUCUGUAAUAAAAUAGCCAAAAAGCUGCUAGCAAAAAAAAUUGCUAGUAAGAAGCUGGAUAACUUGAGGCAAAAGAGGAAAUUAAACCGGCUUAAAAUAGCUAAUGAUUGAUAAGGUCGGUUAUUAUAGUUUGUAAAGUAUCUUUACUUCAUUUGUACUGUCGAACUUUGAAGUGAUAAUUACGCUUUGUAGUAGCACUGUCGUAAUUUGUAAUAAACCGCAUCCCACUUUGUAUGAUGGCGCUUACCAUAUUUUAUUCUGAAGAUGCGAGCAAUAUGCCAUCGAUUCGAUGGUAUAUUUGGAAAGGAGGUUGAUCAAUGGCAUAUUUGAUUGGAAACUACAAUUGUAGGCUGCUUGGGCCACACUGAACUAAAACUGAAAUGGUGUACACUGCUACUCGAUGACGAAAUAACUGAAUUUCUGUCUUUAACUGAUUGGAAAAAACGAAAGAAUAAGUAAAACAUGUAGCUCGAUGGAUGUUAACCUACUUUGUACUCGGUGCCGGUGCCCGAGUACAAGGUCGAGUCCUUGUACUUGGGCACAAAAGUGGGCAUCAGGUCCCUGUGCGCACACCGUUUUUGUUACUUAAUUCUGAGGACGUCCUCUGCUUUGUACUCGCUGCUAAGAUCAUGUAUUAAAAUGGCGUCUGACAAGGCGAAAUGUAGUACUUAUGUACAAAGUCACUUAUAUGGUAGUCAAGGUGUGAACGCAACACCAUUUGAGCCGUUAGCCAGGCACUGAUUUCCGGGAACCAAGAGGAACAGCCCCAAUUUUAGUCACCUGGUUUGAAACCCGGCAAAUCUCAGGCUCUCCUCUGGUCCAAAUAUCAGUUCUAGGUGAUUCCAUUGAAAUGCCUUCAUACGUAUCCUUGCUAACUGUUUAUUAAAUCAUCCACCCAAAUUGCGACAGUUUUUUUUAUUACAAAAUGAUACGUGUUUUACUAAACUUUGUCGACCUGGUGUUUCAAAGUGCGAUAGAUGUGCGAUGGAUUUGGUAUUACAAAGUGCGAUGAUUAUUAGAAAUUGCGACAUUACAGCUUUUGGAACCAAUUUUUCACACAGUUGUUUCGCCGAAGUCGUCUCUACCUUUGUCUUUUUGCUUUGUCCAGGGGCAUUAUUUUGGUAGCGACACCUUCCAUUUUUGAAUCUCUCAUACUUGGACAGAUUUAUCUUUAUUGUAAAACCAUUUUAACACAUGUAUUACACAUAGAUGAAAUUUGUUAUAACUUUAUUUUUUGGGUAAUCCGACUAAAUAUCACGUGACAAUUACGUCACAAUAGUUUUGGUUCUAAAUCGAAUUUCAGCUCUUAUCGUCAUUUUCUUUGAAAAUGCAUUACGGUACGUGUACUUUGGGUGCUUGUCUUCUGCUGUACGAAGAAAAGAAAUUUCGAGAUAUCUUGGCAUUUCUAUAAAAAGGGUAAGAAAUGUGCAUGAACUGAAGACAGGACUUACUGCCUAGGAAUUUGCAUAAUUUAUACCCUAUUUGAAGAAAUUCAAAUAUAUCUCGUAAUUUCUCUUAUACAUUUUAGUGAAACUUCGCACAGCAGAAGACAAGCAACCAAAGUACACGUACCGUAAUGCAUUUCCAAAGAAAAUGCCAAUAAGGGCUGAAAUUCUAUUUAGAGCCAAAACUAAUGUGACAUCAUUAUCACUUGAUACUUAUUCCGAUACCCCCCAAAAAUGAUAUCAUGAUAUAUUUUCAUCUAUGUGUAUUGUGGUAAAAUGGUUUUACAAUAAAGAUCAAUUUGUUUUAGUAUUAGAGAUUAAAAAAUGGAAGGUGUACCUCAUACAAGUUUUUCAUGAAUCGGUGUCUGAUCUCACCUCAUUCUAUAGGAAAAUUCAUUACCUGACGAGGGAAUUCCACGUUAAAUUGCACGCGAAAACCGAUAUCGCACGAAUCGCGAAGCGAUGAGUGCGAUAUCGGUUUUCAAGUGCAAUUUAACGUGGAAUUCUCGAGUCAGGUAAUGAAUUUUCCUUGAAUCGCAUAAUUGAAUAAAAAUCAGAAGAAAAAAAAGAAAACAGCAAUAAUAUCUAUUGUUUGUUUUUAUCCUGAGCGCGCUCUCCAGAAAGCCAUUUCAAAGUCAACUGUCAGAACUGUCAUUGCGUUAGCGAAUAGGAAGCAAGGUCAGUUCUUACACGUUUGAACCUUCGACAACUUUUUUUGUACCUUGUGCUUGUUUUCACAUUUGUUUUCAAACUUUUUUACAUGUAAACAAGCUUCACACUAAUCGUAAGGAUAAAUAGAGGUAUUUUACUGAAUUUAGAAGCCGUUUAUGUAGAACGUCUUUUUUCAAAUUGGUCAUUUGCUCGAGAAGGAAAAUAAUUUACACCUUUUACCUCUUCGGCGGCAAAACUGAAAGAAAUCAAGUAUCCAAGCGAAAGCACUGAAAGUUUAACAUGUUUAACGUCGCGAUUGACAUAAGGUAAGUACCCUGAAAUGUUUUAGAAAUGCUGUUCAAGUUCAGCUCUGUUUUGUACUUUUCUAAGUACCACGAUUCAGGACGAUUGCAAGCGGCGUACUCUUUUUUGUGUUUUCAGGGGCCAUGUCCUCUUUAAAGGUAUUUAUUUCUUCUUCUGUAUAUGGGACAAUCGACCCCGGCACUUCCUCCGUUGUCGCUUCUCCGUUUUGUUUGGUUGAACUUUGGAUUGCCAUUUUCUGGGCCGUGUUCACAGGAUUUUCUUGUUUUCUGGUUGUCGCGAGUGAAAGAGGUUUUAUGUCUCUUCGAGAAUCUGUAGUUCAGUUCAAAACAAGGAAGAACCUCCGGCUCACUUUAAAAAACGCUUUUGUUUGUUUUUAACUCUUCAAAAAGUGACAAUGAAUGGUUUUGAAAACAUUUUAAAAUGACAUAGAAAACCAUUUUUGCAUGUUGUUGUGUUAGAAUUUGACGAUAGUUGUUACGUAGAUGCGAAACAAUAUCGCUUAGCCUCGUUUUCAACUCGCAAUUCCACACUAAAUACCUCGCUUCGUUAACCAAUCAGAAUGCGAGAUUUUACUUUAUUAUGCGAUUCUAACAAGUAUUGAUAAAAAGCUUAGAGUAGUGGUGGCCGAAAGGUAUAGGAUUGCAAUUAAUUAUUAGUAGGUCCUUGAUUUAAAACUUGGCCAUUAGAAUUGUACAGCGCUUAGAGACGUUAUGAUAAUCGCUAUAUAUAAGCAUUGUAUUAGUAUAUAAUAUUUGUAUUAGUGUUCAGAUGCCUACGCCAUCAAAGCCCUCGUUGAGCAGCUACGGAAACCACCGACCAAAGUAGCAUUGAUAGGUCCCGGAUGUUCUAUCUCAGCUGUGCUUGUGGCGGCUGCCUCACACUUUUGGAACUUGAUUCAGGUUUGUCACUAGUCUCCCUUGCAGUCGUUUUAGUCUCGUCACGCAACGUUCCUCCUUAGCCUUGCGUGACGCGACAAAAGUGGCUGCGAGUGAGACUAGGUUUGUCACAUGCAAUAGCUUUUUACCGGUGUCAAUUUAUAAUUACUGUCAAUUUGUCGAGAAUUUUGAUCAAGCUGGUUUCAGAUGGCUACAACACCCAAUGAAGAGAUUUGGCCAAGAGCCAUGAGUAUAGUAAGCAGUGUAAGGAGCAGACCCAGUUAACAAGGGAAGUUUCCAUUUUUAGGAGGUGGCUUGGUCGGGGCAUUGUAGUCUUGGGUAAAUCACUUGAUAAAGGGGAAAGGUUCGCGUAGUGGUAAAAGUAAGGAACUUAAGCACCAGAUGUUCUUGAUUCACGAACGGCAUAGCUGGCCGCGCACAACUGGAUCGGGGACGCGGUUUACGCGCCAAAUGCAAAUCAUUAAGCAAACCAACGUGAAGCCUUCACGAAUGCCGACAGAAUAAUUCAGUUGAAAAUGUCUACGUCUACUACGCUUUUAAAGUUCUAACAUGACAAAAGAACAUACAAGUAUUAAAAACUGUUAUAUUGGACAUCAAAUGUAAACAAUUUUAAUUGUCUUCAUACUCACGUUUCUGAACCUCUGGUUUCAACCUGAGAACUCGCGUUUUGAAGUCCGUGACCGCAGCCCAAGAACUUCUUGACAUGCGGAGUAGCUGUCAUGCUGCAAUAAUACUUCCGGUUAGCGUCCGCGGUACCAAGAACGUCUGGUGUUUAAGUUCCCUUGUGAGAACAGUCACGACCUCCAGCAAAUGUUCUCCAUUGUUUUCCCUUUGUCUCACCAAGGUACACUGUCCCAUUUCCAAAUCCGUUCUGGACAGCGCGGUUUUUUUUUUGACAAGGAGACGAGGCCAACCGCUUAACUUUUUUUACGCAAUUAUCUAAGCUAAGGCCUGUUUCAAACGUCGUGCUACAGCCCUGCUAAGCUGGCUCGACUGGUGUGCAGCUCUACUGCAGCACAACAUUAGCACGACUUGGUUUUAGACGUCGAAAUUAAUUCAGUCGACUAGACUGGCUGUUGCCGAAAACAAAACACAAAAAUAAAGAAACGGUUUAGCAAACUUUUAAAUAUUUUUCUAAAGUAUUUAUAAUUUAUGAAUUGUGCUCGGCACGGCGGUAACACGACUUGGUUUCAAACGUCGCACUACUGCCGUGCUAAAGUCGAAUUUAAUUCGAUCAAUUGAGUUCGGCACGGCAGUAGACCGACGUUUGAAACGAGCCUAAGACCGGCUUUUAAACAUAGUCAUCAUAUUUUUGUUUAUUUUGUUUUUAAGGUGUUUCGAUACAGUUUUUCGGAGACCAUACCGAUAUUUUUCGAUAGCCUUUAAUGUGAUUUUAUUCUUGCCCCAGCGGUAUACCCUCAUGACGUAUAUAACAAUGUGUGAAAUCUUCAUUAAGAUUGAUUCACUACAACAACUUGAAGUUUCAAGACGAACCCAGGCUACGAACCCAAAAAUCCUGUUUAUGCUAAUAUUUCAAAUUCAAAAUUAUUCCAAAUUAAUGUGCACCAUGCCUUCCUCCAUGACUAUAGUACAUUUCAGUAUGAAGUUUAUUGCAUCUUUUGAGUGUAGAACGUUAACAAUUGUUGGCUUCACACUAGAGCUUCAAGUAUAAUCUAAGUGUACUUGGAACCUACUUUGAGCAUGAAGUGGUAAAAUGUGCCCACUUCAACUUUACUUGGUGACCAUGGAAACGUUCGUAGUUCAAAGAAGCCGAUGUUCGCCGCCAAGUAUGGGCUACACCACCCUUGAGAACACACUAGACCAAUAGGAAAUGGAAGCUAUGUGCACGUGCAGCGGUACAAAGAUUCUAAUGAACGGAGAGAUUGACAGCUUUUACUUCAAGUAAUACACUCUGUCAAGAAGUGUGAAGCCAUGUUUUCUACAGAGCAACUUAAGAUUUUCGAGUGCACUUGCUUACUUACUUUUCACGGAUGUUAUUUUUGCUAAAUACCUCACUUUAAGUUCCUGGUGUCGGAUUUUCAGUAUCAGGGUUAUCGUUAUGCAAAGGUUUUUGUUGAUUGUUGUCAUAAUAAUAUCGAUUUUACUUAAAACUGCAUUUUGACAAACUUAAAUCCAAAGUCAGUCAGUGGUUAAAUUUUUUUUAUACCGAUCGGACAAGGACAAAAUCACUUUUAAGGCGAUUUAAAAAAAUCGGUAUGGCCUCUGAAGAACUGUGUGGAAACACCUUAAAAGACCUUGUUUGAUUGUCCACUAAGACCUUUGUUGAUAUAAAUCAAGGCAGGACUAGCCUGUUCCAGGCUCCAAGAUAGUCGGGUCCGCGGGGAUUGAGAAAGCGCGAACAUGAAGAAACAACGCCCCGUCCCCCUUUUCGCGUACCUUUCACUUUCGCGUCUUCCCCUCUCUUUCGCGCCAAACCCCACUAUCUUAGAGCCUAAAACAGCUAAGGUAGGACUUCAGGGGCGGAUCUAGGGGGAGGGUGCAGGGGGUGCGCCCCCCCCCCCCACCGAGAUGACCUGCGGUUUUCUAAUACAACUGGUAUACUGCAAAAAAAAAACUGUGUGGUUUAUUGGUGUUGAAGUAGAGCAAGAGACGAGUGCACCCCCUCCUAAAAAAAAUCCUGGAUCCGCCCCUGGACUUACAAUGCCAUAGGGUUAAUUAGCGAAAAACUAAGGGAAAAUACUUAACACAUACAUUACAUCAAAUUCAUUGUCAUUUCAGUUGGGAUUCAGUGCCGGCUCUUCUAGUCUUUCUGAUAAACGUCGAUUUCCGUUAUUCUUCCGGGUUAACGGCCCAGAAUUCACUCUGUACAAAGCUGCUGUUUCACUUCUGCACAGAUUCAACUGGAAGCGAAUUGCAAUUGUAAAACAGGACGAGGAUCUCUUCAACGACGUAAGUUGACAUUCAGUCUCUGUAAUAUCUCAUCUUCCCUAUUCUAGACGUUUUGAGACUGGGCAAUAGGCUGAUUAAGCAAAAGAACGGGAACGUCAGUUGAAGACGGCGCGCACAAAUCAAACAACUGGCUUGACCAAUAGCAGAGCGGCAAAUUGGGCACCGGAAGUCGAGUUUAGUCCUUUCCGCGCGCUUUCCCGUCGUCAAAUGACGUUCACGUCCUGUUGCUAAAUCAUCCUAAUAAGAUAACAAACUACACAUGCUAGGCCACUAGAUUUUACUUGUUUAUGACUGACUUGGCGCCAAUAUUUUACAUUGAUUUUAGAGUAACGAGAGAUCCACUUUGUUCUCUGUUUUAUAUCAGGUGCACGAGCGUCUCCAGACAAUGUUAAAAAAAGAAGGGAUAUCCGUCAUUACUGCAAACAGCUUUGUCAAGGAUCCAGAUAACGUCAUAACUGAUCUUAAGGUAUCAAAAGUACGAGGGUGGAUCGGAACUUCCGUCUUUCGCCUGUCACAGUCACAUUCUCUCAAACUAGCUUUCUUCUACUUCUAUACAUCAUUGCAGCCUUAUCUCAGUUUCUAAAAGCAUUUACCGCUGGCAGUCUUGAGCAGGUAUGGCCAUGGACAGUUUUGGCAAUGUGUCGGAUCCUUGAAAAAAUAUUUAAAGGCCGUUUUGAUUUCUGGAAACGAGGCGUAAAUGUUAAGCAGCAAAUUCAAGGAGGGUGAAAAUGGUGAAUUUUCUAUCAAAUGGAUAUCAUUGUGAGCACAGUAGUCCUUUUUAGGUGUCCUUUGUGAGGAGCCACAUUGUGGUGAUGCAAUGGAUUCUAGACCCGAGUUCAAGUCAUUUUUUGACUUGCAGGAGAAUACGUGAGAGAAUCUUUGGAAAAACUGAAGUUGUGUAAUAUGUGGCAGGGAGUGUUGCUUUUUUAACAACAGGCCCUUGAGAAAUGAAGAAAGGGGCGAACAUUUUCGUUCUUGAACAGAAGACUGUUAAGACUAUAAACUGGACCGCUGGACGUAUGUUUCAUCUUCGGCUAGCAACACCAUACUAAAACGCUCAUCUUUAAUAGUGGAGAAAGAAAUCUAACACACUUAACAACUAUAAAAGCUUAUUUUUUUAGUUAUUUGUUUGACGCUACCAGCAGGACGCUGGGUAGAUAUACUGUGAAUCAAUGAAGAAGGCCAAAAAUUGCUGACAGCAUUUGUUACCCCUUUUUGUGAGUUUUACUAGCCUGAAAGAUUUAAAAAUGGCUCUCCUGUAGGGGAGCGAGCGUAAGCGUGCGGUGUAGCCGUAAGAGGGUUUUGACUCGCUGAGAUCAUCAUUGUAUAUUCCGAGCGAAAGCUAGCGCAAAAUGUUACGCGAAACACCACUUAGCUCUGAGCAGAAAAAAGUUCCUUCUACUUAAAGAAAACUUCUUUUUCAAGACACGAUGAGUUAGAAUCUAUUAAUUACUUCGUCCUUUUUUUGAGAACAAAGAAGUUGCAAACUUACCCAUGUUUUCUCUCACAGAAUAGAAGAGCUCGUAUUAUUGUCAUCUUGAUGUACGAGGACAAAUCGAGAAUGGUCAUGUGUGAGGUAUGUAAUGCUAUUAUAAUGAACUGAAUGUAAAGCACGGCGGUCAAAGCGUUUUGUCAGAGAAAUUCAGUCGGUAGAGCUCGUGACAGAGUGGGAGGUUGAGGGUUCGAUUCCCUGGGCCGGGCCAUUACUGAUGGUCUUUAAAUAACGGAGAAAUGAAGGUACUUCCUUUGCCCUACAAACGGCUGGACCUUCGCGUGGCUCGGAUGAUCAAGUAAAAUGGUGUUCCCGUCCCCACUGAAGGAGAGUCUUCAAUUAGUGCCAAACACAUUGACACUCAAGUAUAAUGCAUUUUUUUGUCCUAUUUUUUGAUGGAAUAAAUAUGGCGCAUGUACAUUGUACAUGGUCCUCUAGAAAACGUGGUUUAUUUUUUUUAUCGUAAUUAUCAUAUUUUUAGCGUAGUUCGGCUUUCGUAUGAUGUAAAGAAUCUAGGUGAUCUAAGAGGCUGUAAUCUAGAAGGCAGUUAUCCAGAAGAGAUAGUGUCUUCAGUAAUAACAAUACAGAAUACAGAAUAAUGCAUGGGACAGAAAGGGAAUCUUAGGGCCUCGGCCGGGAUAUGUGAAUUUCACUGAAGUCUUUUUUAGAGGUUGUACUGAUUAAACGGAAGUACAAUUCCUGGGUCGUCCGCAUAUUUUAACAGUUUGUUUGAAACUUAUCAAGUUCACGCGCGACUGCCUCAAAGCAAAAAAAUGAAUAAUACUGUAAUGGUUACACACUAAGGGGGACAAAUAAAAAUUUCACAUAAAUAUCACAUAAACUUUGUCUGUAAACAAAUCGCUAAAUCAAUCGGUAUUUUAUCCAGAACAGCUAGUAAUUAUCACGUGCAUUCCUGUCGUAGUCGAACAUCAAGAAAUUCACAAUUCUUUACCAAGGACCUAGAACCUGGGACUGUCUUCCUGCAUCUGUUACAAACUUGUCAAACUUUUCUAUCUUUAAGAACAAAGUGCUAGAGUUUUAAUUAAAAUUGUUACUAAAUUAGUUUAGCCGCACUUCUUCGCAGCCCUUAUUUUUUAUAAUAUUGUGAUGUCGAGGUGCGGGCCUCUCUUUAUAAGCCUGGUGGUUUCUUGAGGUCUCCUCGCCUAACAACCUGCUGUAUCCUGUAAAAUUUGCUGUAAAAAAAAGGCUAAUAAAAAAAAUGAUGAUGAUGAUAGUGUCGCUCAUUAUUCUAUUUUGACAAGACUUAAUGAAAGUUUGCCGACCUCUCCGGACACCAACUUCCGAUUAAUCGAUCUAAAAAUAACUUUCAACUGGUGAAAUUCACAUAUCCCUCUGUGUCCCAUUAAUAGAUCAUCUCCUCGGAGUUACUGUUUAGAGGUUUUAACUGAAAGGGCCUUCGUACACUUUGCUGUGUGGUAACCAAUACAUUUUUGUUUUGUCUAAAAGGCUCAUCGUCAAAACUUUUUCGGAUCUCAUAUUCAAUGGAUCAUCCCCGGAUGGUACAGUAAAGACUGGUGGAAAGUUAGAAAUUUCUCAGGCUGCUCGGUGGAGGAAAUUCGACGGGUGGCGAGAAACUUUCUUGCAGUUCAAGAAGGUUAUAUAAAUAACACAGUUAACACCCUCAGUGGCCUGGUAAGACGUUUUUAAUUUUUACCACCAUAUAGAUAAUUAAAGCAGCUGUUACCCGCGAUUAAGGUUUUCACCUCCGAUCUUCAACUAAGCAAUGAGCUACACAUGUACAAGCUGUCAUCCACGAGUCUCAUUUAUUCUGUUUAAUAAGCAGCAAUCGAAAUUUGUUAUGCAAGUUUCCGAAAGAGAUUUACGCGGUCUAUGCGAACGUUUCUGAUCAAUUUCUAGUGUCUUCUAACAUUUAAAGGUUUGAAAGGUUGCCGACUUUUUGUCGGCCGUUUUUUGGUAUUCAAGGCAUAUUCUUCAAGGUUUGAAGAAAGGCCAAUCCAAAAAAACAAAAAACAAAAACAAAACAAAACAAACAAACAAAUGAUGAUAACGAUAAAUUAAAAAUUGUGAGCUGUUUAUUUCCCAACUGGUGGAAGACACGCACUGCCCCAUCUAUGAAUGGAAGAGACGAAUGUAGGAUGGUAAAGUGGGAAUCCUCUUGCUACGGCAAGUCCCGAUGACAUGAAUGAGUACAAGUUAUGAUUUCUUUAAUUUUCGUAUCAUUCGCUCACUUUAGACAGUAGACGAGUUUUUAACGAUGUAUGAAGCAGAGCUUCAAAAUUACUCCUUCCCGAACAACUCCUAUGCUGUCUUUGGAUAUGACUCGGCCUGGGUACUAGCCUCGGCUCUGGAGAAAACUGUGAUGCAGCUAAAAGAAAAGAACAUGUCUUUUGAUAACUUCUCGUACAAGAGUGCUAGCAUUAGACAGGAAUUACGCAGUGUGCUCUUACGAACAAACUUGAGUGGAAUCUCGGUACGCAUGGCUUUGUUUAUGUUUCUCUAAUAUAUCUGUGAUAUUCCUUAGAUCCUAAGACCAAUAAUUCAAGGGCGAAAAAUUCGCCUUUUUUUAGUAAGGAAUGUGGUUUUGUACGUGUCGUUCUCCUAUUUUGUCUGUUCUUUAAUAUCUGAAAUGCGGGUUUUGAGUGGGAAAUUUUCGGGGUAAAAGACCUAUUAAACAAGCAUUAACUUUGGAACGCCAUUACUAUCUGCUAAAGAUUCCGCUAUGGAAUCGAAAGCUUGUGUAUAAUACGUAUUUCCAACCUGGGAACUGAAUUUUCCUUUACUCUUCAUAUCAUUAUGAUAGGAUUAAGUAACACUUUCUUCCCUAAAAACAUUCCCUUUUGUUUGCUCAUAAGCAACCAAACAGAAAAUUUUUUAAACUGACUAAAAGCCUCAGCGGCCAAAUUCAUAGUUAUUAAAUAAAUGUCAUUAUUAAAAACUGAACAUUGGAUAAUGCAAUUCUAGCAUUUUGAUUGGCUUAGCCGUUAUGGUAUAUGAGCUAAUAUACCAUGUUCUCCAUAUAUGGUCGUUGUACGCGUCAGUUUAAAAUUGGAAGGUAGCUGAGUUUUUUUUCGGGAAGGAUAGAACGGCGUCCGAAGCAAAUCGUUUUAAUUCAUUUCUUAGAAUACUAGAAAUGCAAUUUCAACGAAAGAAAAAAGACAAAAACAAACAAAAAAGCCACAAGAGCUUGUUUGAAAGUUUGUCGAAAAACACAUGAAAACACAUGGAACUAAAGUACCUUGACCAGCUGUACAGUACCGCAAAUGAUCCCCAACCGCAAAUGAUCCCGAGACCGCAAAUGAUCCCCAAAAUGGACCGCAAAUGAUCCUCGACCGCAAGUGAUCCCUAAAGUCGACCGCAAAUGAUCCCGAAAGAAAAAUGGGAAUGACUUGGACUCAAGUUAGCGGAUCAUCGUGUCGAUUUUAUUAUUAUUACAAUAAGUCAGGUUAAAAGCUAAAUUUUACUUCUCAAAUAAAUAUAUGAAUAAAAACUAAAUGCUGCUUGUUCCAAUUACUUUUUUCCUGCUCUGGCGGGUAGUCUGAGGAAAACGUUUUGACUGAGCAAAUAGGAUUUUUGCCGCUUAUUUCAUACUGAGAGGUCAUGACACUCAUUUUCCGCGGUUAUUGUUGUUUCUGGUCGGCAUGAUUUGCCCUUUGAUGCAAGAGCAUUUCCUUUGGCCUCUUUUGAAAUGCAGUGCUCUUCAUUGCCGCUAAAUAAGGGUUUUAGGUUGUUUAAUUUUCUCCUAAGUGCCUCCUGGAUCGAAAUAAUCAUAAGCGAUUUUGUUUUAGUCCGUGAAUGUGACGGUUUCUUACGAUGUUUUGUCACGCGAUAACUACUGCUUACCUGGCUUUGCGUUUCUCAUUACCAGGUUUAGAUUCCUGGUAACUGUCUUCAGCAAAGCACAACAAAUGAACAUACAUAAAAACGCUAAUAUAACCAUUCACAACACGUUCAUGAGAUGUAAGAAAGUUGCUAUUUCGAAAUAAACCGAAACCUGUGGACAUUGAUAAGUUCGGGGGCAUUUUGACUUGUGUUUAUGUUAAAUCAUGUCUUGUUUCGUAACGAGCACCUAAGUUAGGAACAAAUGUCUUGCGGUUUAUCACGUAAAAUUAACACGUCAGAAAAAAAUCAAAAUGAAAUAUUCUGGCUGAUUAAUUUCACGCUUUCAAAAAGAUCAGUAAAGUCAAUAAAGCUCUUGUUAGGUAGAGGGUGCCCGGCUUUGUAUUCCUCAGUAGAAAAGUUGAGCUUCUAGGCGUUAAAAAUAAUUUUUCUGCGUAACGUCCUGCCUGUCUUAAAUUUUUCAAAAUAUGAAACAUUCUUGAAAGAAAAUUGAAACAAUCGAAAAAGGAAGAAGUAUACGGUUAAUACCAUACCUUUUCAGAUUUAUUCCAUUUUUUUUUUUUCGCCUUGUAUAAAUUGACCUGAGAUGUAGCGUCCUCCUUCCCUUCUUCUUUAAAAGGCGAGAGAAAAAGGUUUCUUUUUUAUAAUCAGUCGUUUUUUGUAAUCAGUCCCAUAAAAUCCAUUCCAUUCCUCAAGUUUUCACGGGAUCAUUUACGGUCGACUUUAGGGAUCACUUGCGGUCGAGGAUCAUUUGCGGUCCAUUUUGGGGAUCAUUUGCGGUUGGGGAUCAUUUGCGGUACUGUACACCAGCUACGAAAGAAGACAAGUGUUGUUUCUUCAUGAUCGCGAAGCCAUUCGCCGAUCGAGUCACUCGCCGAUAGAUAACUGCAGCUUGUUUAUCCGACAUCAAGAAUAUAAAUCACAAGUAACCAGCUACAAAUACAGGCUAUGCAGCCAUUCACUAGAGCAAUCGAGGCGGCAGUAUAGAUUCUUUUCUCGUUCAGCAAAACCAGCGUGUGGCUUCAAACAACUUCAUAACAAGCGACCGAGGUAAUACCGGUAGUUUUUCUCCGUUGUUAUUACUUUUACAACUGCACCGAAAAUCCAAAUUCAUAGUAAUUUCGACGGCUGUCACUUAAAAAUUCCUUUCCUUCACAUUAUCUGCCAGGUUUUUUAAGCUGUUCUGCUUUGUAAAAUCCUAGAAUCACGAUGAUUUUUUAAAAAACUAAUGUUCAUCGCCACAAUGUUUUGAUUUUUCAUUCAUGCAGUCUAGGCGAGUCCGUUCGCGCGUUGACAGUUUUGAUAGACGUGUGACAUGUCAAUAGCGGAAGUCCCUUGUCUUUUCCGGUUUGUUCUAGUUGGGGCGAUUCAACGAGAUUUUGUGGGCGUUUUUAAUAAAACAAUUAUUCCACUCGGGCUUGUUGGAUAUGAAAUGAUUAUAGCCAACUCGGCGCUAUGCGCCUCGUUGGCUAUCUAUUAUCUCAUAUCCAACGCGCCCUCGUGGAAUGAUUGUUAAUUAUUCACCUUGAAAAAAAAUACAAGGUGUGCACUGUCCCUAUCUUCAUGGACUGUUUUCACGUCUUAUUUCUGCCAAGUUCUAGUAAGCAUUCUGAACCAUUCCAAGCAACCAUCACUACUUGUUAAGUUUAUGGUCACAGCGUUAACCAGUUGGUUUGGUUUCAGGGAUUCAUAAAGUUCGAUAAAAACCAAGAAAGACUUAACAUGAUUUGGAUUAAACAGUUUCAAGGUAACUUAAGCCUUCAAUAAAGAAUUGUAGACUGUAAAAAUCACACUUAACGAAUUAAGUCAUUUGUUUGAAAACUCAAGUAAAUUUAGACUCUGCUGCUGAUAAAUUAAAGUAAGUAACUUAUUAUAACUUUUUUAGGAGAUAAAGAAGUCAAAGUGGGUUACUUUGAUCCCGAACGUCACAACUUAAGAAAGGGAGAACUCACCUUCUUCGCUGGAGAGAACUUCACAUGGCCAGGUAUGGCGGAAUAACGUCAACUUUGUGAUCAAUAUAACAUAACACAACAUAACAUAACAUAACAUAACAUAACAUAACAUAACAUAACAUAACAUAUAACGAUCCAAAGUUUUUUUUCAGCAUUAUACGCCAUGAGUGAUAUUUUUGUAAGUGCUGGAUGUUAUUUCGAAAUCAGUCUGCGGGACAUGUUUUUUCUAAAAUCACCCAUAACCCCCUCAAAAGUCAAAUGGUCGGCCGCUAAAAUCCACGAAACAUUCUCUCCAAUUGGUAAGGCACUGUGGCUGAGCGAUAAGACAUGAGACUUUAAUAAAGUUCAUUAUUAGUAUUAUUACUCAGUAGAUAGACUCUGAUCUGUCAAUCAUUUCUAAAGCCUUUUGAAACAAUAGGGACCAAAACUCUCUUAAGGAGAGGGGAUGAAUUUGUUUCUACUUACCCCUACCCGGAAAGAACGUACGUACGUACAGACGGACGUACGGUGACGCCAUAACCAAAUUUUCUGGUAUCGAUAGUUUUCCAUUUUCUCUUAAUUAUGGAGGCUCCGCUAAAAAAGCAAUCGCGUCAUUUAUUCACUGGAUAGAGAAUUAUUCAGUGGAAAGCGUUAUUAUCCACCCUUGGAAUAAUUGGGGCCUGUGGGAACUCAGGCACAUCUGGGUCGCCUUCACGCCUUUAGUCGAAAUUUUGUUUCGGAAAAUAGGAAAUCUUAGUUUAGGCCUGUCUUGUGUUCAAGGUUCAAUUCUGUCCAUGCAUUGUGUUCCAGACUGGUGCAAACAUGCACGCCAAGUUCAAUUUAAGGAUUUUAAGGGCUUAGUCCUAGACACAUCUACUUUAUCUAUGUAUCCCGGGUACCACCAAAUUUUAUUAAGAUAACUAUUGAUCGACCACUUGCGUGGUGAAGGCGAAGCCAUACUUCUUUGUGAUAACUUACAAAAUAAGUUAGGUCAUUUCCGUACUGAAAAUACCGCGCUCCUACUGGAUGACUAUUAUAAUGGCCUGAUACGAUCUUACUUGUUAUAAUAAUGAAAAUGAGAAUAUAACAAUGAUUAUUACUUCGAGGAUGCUGCUGAUGAUUUGCGAAUAAACAAUAGUAACAUUUUGUUGUGAAAACUCAAUUAAUAUCUUCUUCAGAUGGAAAACCUCCCAAAGACAAGGAUCCUUUAAACGAACGUUUAAUCAAGACAAACUUGACGCUGUUUUAUGUGAUGAGUUCCGUGGCUGCAACAGGGCUGCUCACAGCUUUUGGAUUACUUUUUGUCAACUAUCACUUCAGGUUUCACAGGUAACUACAUUCUUGAAGAAGCAAAGAUCGUGAUAGAAAAUCAGAUACUUCCAUAUUCUACAGCAGGGGCAAGUACUCAACGUGCCUGAUGACAUUUGCAAACAUUCAAAGAAGAUAUAAUAAACAAGUAAUUCCUUGUAACGUAGAGGGGCUUGUCCUCUCCCGUCUCCUUCAUCAAUAGCCUACAAAUACAGCCGUCUCUCCCUCGCUGUCUUCUGCUAGCCGAGUGGCGAGUAGCGAAAAGGGACGGCUGUAUUUGCAGGCUUCUCAUCUAGAUCAUCUUUCUUCAGUCCUUUUCUGUUUUCCAAAAACGCAUGUUAAAAUAUCAUGUUUAUCUUAAUUUGUAUUUGUAUUUUAUUUUUACUCCAUCCUAUCAUAAUACAUUAGUUUUACGAUAUUAAUUAGUACAAGGUUGUUUAAACUACGUGUACAUAAGAAAAAAAAAAGAAGAAAAAAUAGAAUGGAGAAGGGCACAUUAUAGUAAAACUAAUUAUGGCCCUUGAACAAAAUUGACUUUAUUCUAUUAUAGCUUUGUUAUUCAUUAAAACACAAACACGCGCGCACGCACACACACACGCACAUAAGUCAAUAUUGAGCAAGAUAACAUUUUUUAAGUGCUAUUUUUAAAAGGAUUUUUGAUGAUUUAUUGUGAAUAGAAAUGGGGAGAUCGUUCCAAUAGUAUUUUUCAAUAACGGUAGGACAAAACUUUCGAAUAUUAAUUCUUGAGUAUCUGAAGAUUCUUAUCUCGUUUAAUUUUUCCCCACUGCUGCUAGAUAUAGAUUAUACAGACUACAGCAAGAGCUUUUUUAUCUUGUUUGUAAAGUUAAGUUUGCUGAGUCUUCUCAGUUAUUAGUAUAGGCGACUUUUCGUGUGUUCGGGGUUGGGAUUCGCUCCACUAUUUUAGACAAGAAAGUAAAGACGGUGGUACCACAUAUAAUGACCCGCUAUGGCGGUCACCCUACGUAAAGUGCACUUUUCAAACCGGUACAGCUAUACCGAUUUUCUUUCAGUACAAAAACUCUUCUCGAACAGUGGUGGGGGUUCUUUUUCUUUUACGUCCCUCAAGAACCAGAAAAGUGAAAGUGCUGUGAGACAGGACCUAAGGUUUUUAGUUAUUAUCUGAGAAGACGAGAAAGUCUAACUAAAAUAUUUUUUAGAUGUCAUUCCCAAAGGCAGCACUUUCUUCUCAGUUAUUUAAAGACCCUGAGUGUCGGUCCGAACGGGGUUUGAAUCCGCGACCUCUCUUUCAGCAUACCGGUGCUGUCCCAACUGAACUAACCAGGCGGCGGCUAAAGACCACGCUUAAUGAGUAUUUCUAUGAUCCUACAUGAAGCGGCUAUCUCUACCAGGUGGCCAACAGUUCAUAAGCCCAGAAGGUAGCUGCUAUAAACAGGUUUCACUGCAGUUGUAGUCUGUCAUUAUGGGAUAACAGUUGAUGACAGCAUUACCGUAUUUUUACUCGAUUGAGUGACCGGGGCGCCUAUCAAAAGUUUUUGGAUCUAGAAAGUAGGUGGUUAUUCGAGGUUGGCGCUUUUCCCUAUUUUCAGUAAGUAGUAAGUGUAUUCGGCAACAAACAAUAAAUAAUGACAAAACGUGGCGAUGUACCAAGGCAGAAUUGUAACCGUCCAUGGAAAGUUUCUGUAAAAUACUAAGAAAACUCGGUAUUUGGGGAAAUUUAUCAGUACCACUUAAUUUCAUUGUCCUUGUCAGUAAGGUCAUGUUUGGGGGGUCGGGCGGGAUUAGGUAGGUGAGCGCUUAUUGGAGGCUGGUAGCUCAUUAACGUUUCCUACAUAUAGGGGCGGUUAUUCGAGGUGGGUUAAUCGAAUACAUACGGUAUCUUUCUUUCAGUGUAAUAAGGCAAUCAUCGCCUAGGCUCAACAAUGUCAUUGUGACAGGCUGUUUGCUGUUUUAUUGCUGUGUGUUCUUGUACGGAGCAGAGGCUUUUGUUGAGUCACGUGGUACACAUACUGUCAUCUGUAAGGUAAGUGAAUAUUGUAGCUAAAAUUUGUUUCAGGUUAAACCGGUAUUCAACUUCUUUAGUUCCAAUCAGAAUUGCCUUUGCUCCCUUUUUUCAAUGCUACGACAGGUUGGUUUUCUCAGUAUUUCGGCGCUUGCAUUGGAUCGAGUGCGCUGACGUCACUCGAAACAGCGCGAUCAUUGACUCAUUCUCCCCCAGGGAAUGCGACGUCAUAAAGUAAUUAAAAACCAAUAUAAAGAGAGUAUCAAAGUAGACCUCUUCCUUUAUCUUUACAGAGGAAAUCAGUAGAGGAUGUUUUCAAUCAGCUUAGCCGGGUUUUCCUCAGCUUUUAAUUUACGAGAAAAGAUUAAUAACAAUCCUCUUAAUCAAUCACCUACCGCCACCUAUAAUAUUAACUGUUCAAAAACUGAUCCAUUUUGUUUAUAAUAGGUUAGACGGGGGAUGUGCUCUCUCAGCUUCACUCUCGCCUUUGGCACGAUGUUUGUAAAGACUUGGAGAGUUUACAAAAUUUUUACCAAUAAGCAGCUUUGUAAACAGGUAGUUUUAAAAGUGACCUCCUAGUUUGUGUUUCAUUUAAUUAAGUAAAUGACAAUCCUGUUUUGCUCAAGGACCUCAAGUUCCUGACGGAGUAUAAAAAGUGUUUUACCUGAUUCUCGCUACCGUGUCAGUGGUACAUGCACUGUAAUGUUACUAAUUGUCAGUGAAAAACAUAACAAAGUUCCUCAGUAAAUUAUCGAAGACAAGGUAUGGACCAAAAGAGGAGACGCCAUAAAUAUCAGAUAAGACGUUAAAGUUUAAUUUCCUUAGUGCCAUUUUGAGAAAGGCUUCAAAGACAACGAAGUUUUCAUUUUGUUGGUUUGGUUUCAGGGAGCUAACAAGAAAACUAACUGGCUCAUUUAGCUUCCUAGCUUGCACAUUAUUUUUAUUUAAUUUAGUUAGUCUUCAAUUGUAAGUAAAUCUAAUAGAUUGUAAUAUCGACCAUGUACAUCGAUGGUUAUUUAACAAUUAUUUCAUACGACAUCAUGAACUGAAGAAUUUGGCAGAUCGGAAAAUAUUUUCAAUGAAUAAUUAACAAUUAUUGGACGAGGUUGAGCAAAAUAUCAGGAUUUGUCAGUGGAGUCACCACUGAAAAAUCAAGAUAUUUUGCGAGGCCGAGUUCAAUAAUUGUUUUAUCAUUCGGUCACUGAGUUUGUUUUUAAAUGAAAAUCACUCUCUGAAAUGUCAGUAAAACGAUCUGCCAUUUUCACGCAAGAGCAACCGCAAGGAGCAGAAAAACGUGGUUUCAUUUACGCAUGGGCAGAAUAUUAUUCGCAGCCAAACACGGUUGGACGACAUUGUGCAUAAGCAGACCACUAUUUCUAGGCAGCUAUUGGCAGGCCACGUGGUGGGCUAGCUUUCGACCAAUGAAAAAGAAGAAAAAUUUGCAUCUAAUGGUAAUUAGACAUAUUGAAUUUUAUUCCCUCAGAUAACGAUUGUUGCUUUUCUCUCUUUAUCUUUCCAGCUGGGUAUGCUUCACGAUCGUCACUUGUUGGCCAUUGUGUUUGGACUUGUUUGUUUGGAUGUGGUAUACAUUACAGCUUGGGAAAUAGCAGAUCCUAUUACAAGUUACGUGCAACAUUUAGGCAGGGUACGUAAGUAAAGUAAGCAAGAAAUGAACAAGAAAGGAAAAUGAACAAAACCUGUUUGAUAUCGCCAAGAAGUAAAAUAUGUAAACAGAGAGCUGAGGAAUGUGUUCUUUGGUGGGUAAAGAGGUUAGCUUGCAAAAACGUUUUAACUAUCUAACUGAUAACCUCGUCCCGGAGAGGGUGAAAUCAAAGAGAGUUAUUUAUUUAUUUGACGGAGUUUAGAAGCUGCAUCUGCCAGAAAAAAGAACUUCUAAGGCUGACGAAUCGAGUGCGCAAGUACUAAACAGAAGUGAAGAAAAGUGGGUGACGUCAAUCUAAAACCGAUCUUGUAAUCUAAUGAUAAAUACAGGUUAGCUAUAAACAUCUAUGAAACACCAACAAUCAACAGUCGCCAAAAUUAAACUAACAGAGAUCAAAAUCUGCUUCCCCCGCUUUGUUCCACGAUGGAGGCAGCACGUUGUCUCUAUGUUACUGCCAGGGUUAAUCUCUCACUUUCAGUCGCAAAUAAUCAUCAGUACUCGAACACGAUUGUCUUUUUCUGCUCCAGCAAAUUAGUAAUCGUUUCUAUUGAUACUAUGGAAAGACUCACUCUUAUAGUGGAAUAGUAAUUGUGGAAUUUUUCGACAAGUGUGCGGUGAUAAUAGAAAAGGUCGUGAUUUUAGUUUGUUACUACAUUUUUGCAGGAAACAACCCCAGAUGGCCGGGAGAUAUCUCACGGCAAAGUUCUAAAUUGCACUCUCAAUUACAGGAGCCUGUGGUACAUGUUCUGGGCGAUAUGGAAGAGUCCUUUCCUGGUUAUUGGGCUUUUUCUUGCCUGGGAAACACGAAAUGUUACUUUGGCCUCUCUAAACGACUCCAAGUAUAUCGGCAUGAGUGUUUACAACGUUGUUAUUAUGACACUGAUCACUGUUCCUUUGUCUUUUGUUAUUGACCAUGGAAAUAUUGACGCUAAAUUCGCGUUGUUUGGAACAUUGUUUAAUGCCGUAUCUACUUUUACGCUGCUUUUGUUGUUCGUGCCAAAGGUGAGAAACGUAAUACUGAAAUAAAGUUAGGGUCGAGCUGGUCGAGGUCACCUUCUCCCGGGGGACACCCUUAUUAGGCCUAAAUGGGUAUGUACCGCCCAAUUAGGAAAUGAAUAGUUCAGUUUCGAAAUAUUACGUCUUAUGCAGCUAGCGUGUACAAUUUCAUCUAGCGUCGUCAAUCCAAGGUGUCUUUCUGGACUGGAAGCCUUGACCAGGAUGUUAACGUUAGCGUUGGACUUCGUACAUGUCCCUUACCAAAAAUUUCUCAACCCCAUUAUGUGAUUUCUGUCAUUUAUGCGUUUCUUAAUAGUUAUGAUUUUGUAUGCGAAAUGAAACUGUCCACUAUGAACCACUCGGCCCAGCAAAAAAGUAGUUGAAAAAGGGAGGGGAUCCUUAGGGUUUGGCAAUAUUUCAGGUCAACUGACGGAUUUGAUUUCUCAAACACGGAAAUAUAUAAUCUGUCAGAAGCCUAGGCUCCUGAAUCUGUCUACCAAGGCUGAAAAAUUGUUACCGUUUUCUUUUCUGGAUGCGGAAAGAUUUUUUCUACUAAUAAUAGCCCACGCUCGAUAUAUUAAAUUUCUAACAUGACCCCGAGGCUUUAGGGACAAAUUGCAAAUCUUUCACAACUCCAUUGUCUCGCAUUUUCCAGAAGAGACUUAAGCACAAAGAAAACCGAUUCAAAUAUUGAAAAAUGAACAGCAAGCCUCGGAGUCAUGUUAGCAUUUUAAUAUAUCGAACGUGGGCUAUUGAACCAAUAGCUCUUAUUCAAGAUGCCGCUUUAAUGGGACAAAGGACAGAUUAACAACUUAAAACCGUUGAAACGGCUCUAAUCGCAUUAGAAGAUCUGUUGCAAAAACUUUUAGCACUUCAAAACAUCUCGGAAGGAGGUCGCAAAACUUGGUCCUAACUAUCAAUGUCUUUUUUCUUCGUAUUUUGAGCCACAUACUGUGAAACAGUUCACUAAAAACCUAAAUCACAAACAAACACACAGCUCAGUGAACCUCGUGGGGAGGCUCCGCCCAGAUAUCCUACCACUAGCUCCUUUCGUAUUCCUUCCGCUGAAAAAUGAUACAGCUUUAACAAGCCUAUUGAAGAAGAAUAAAUCGCUAAAACAUGUAGUAUGCUUGUCGUUUUCGUGUCAUGAUGUUAUAUUAAUACAUUUCAAUGAUAUAGCCAUAAUGCGCGUCUUUUUGAAACAUUUUAAUAAAGGCUCUUCUAAAUAGAUGAUAGAUUUUCUUACCCUUUGAUAUACUUCAUCUAGCGAAUUGCCUAUUCUUUCAUAUACCUGAAAAAGGGUUCCCAUUCGGGCAGAGCCCCUCCGUUUAGGCCAGUUCAGGGAGUGCUCUUCCGGACUAGUGAACCAGUGAACACUUUACGCCUCAAUCAGACGCAACUGUGAUAUCACCUUUGCUGCGAUAGCAAUUCCAAGAAGCAAAAGACUAAUUAAAAAUGGUUUGUUUUUCAUAGUAUAAAUUAACUUCCCCGCGUACAGGAACACUCAUAAGUAUACCGUGGUAAUGGUUUUGUACGUUCUCUUCUUGACCACCAGAUUAUAAAGCUAAGGGAUGAAGUAGCCAGCCCAGAGCGGGCGCAAAACACUAAUCAUGCGGCAAAGUCUUUUAACGACUCUUGCUUGGAGCAUCACGAUGGUCGUAACGGUUACCGUCGACAUGAUGAAUGCCCGCAUUGCAAGUGUAGCUAAGAAAGAGAGUGGAAACAAAGUUUGGAUCAAGCUUUUUGAUGAUGUUAAGCAGUCGAUCAGGAAGUGCACAGUCAUGUGAUAAUGGACUGUUCCUUCACUGUUACCGUCUUGCCUCUGCGGAGAAAUCUUAAGUUCGACUUCCUGCGUCGAGAACUGAAUUAUUAGAUAAACAUACUUUCAAUUUUCCGCAGUCACUUCAAUAAUUAGUCAUAUUUGUAAAGCAUGUAAUCCUGGUUUGUGAAGGGUUUGCUUUGUGAGUAGAGUUAUCCGUGAGUAAUUAACCCUUGAAACAUCAUGUAAU